ACGACUGAGUUUUAAAAUUGAGUGCAAAAUGUCUAAAAUAAUUCCUUGGUCUUGGCAAUUGCUGUUGGCAUUUACUAUCUGUGGCAGGGCAUUGUAUAUUCCAACCCCUGGUGGGUGGGUGAAAGAUUUGCAGCAGAAUGAAACUACUUUGGAUAUCGUAGAGGAGAUGAUAAGACUUCAAACUUUGAUCAACAAUUUGGAUGAGAAUGCCGGGAGAGUUCCUGAAAUGUUUGAUAUACGCAUUGAUGCUUUACCCGAAGAAUGUCAGGUGUUUGGUGCUCCCAGAAGUUGUGCCGAAGCAACCGCUUGCACCCAACGCAGUGGCUAUUACAACAUAAAAAUUGAUCAGUUCAGUAAUGCCUCAUUCCUGGUGGAAUGUGAUGCUCAUACCGAAGGUGGUGGCUGGACGGUAAUACAACGACGUCAAGAUGGCUCUGUUGAUUUCUUCAGACCAUGGCACGAUUACAAGGCCGGUUUUGGGGAGGUUGAAGGAGAAUUCUUCAUUGGUUUGGAUAGGCUACAUGCUCUGACCAAUUACCAGGGUGUGCAGGAGUUAAUUAUACAAAUGGAACAUCUCAAUGAGACCAAUGGCAAUAAGGUGACUUCCGCUCAGGCCAAAUACGAUUCAUUUGCCAUUGGUGCGGAAUUUGAUAAGUACAACUUGAAGAGAAUUGGCAAAUAUUCGGGAACAGCAGGUGAUGCUUUGCAACAUCAUAUUGGUUGUAAAUUUUCAACCAAAGAUCAGGAUAAUGAUAAGCAUGCCAGCAAGAAUUGUGCAGAGUCGUAUUUGGGUGGUUGGUGGUAUAAUGCUUGUCAUUGGUGUAAUCUAAAUGGCCGCUAUGGCGAUGUGACUCAUGCUAGAGGUGUUCAUUGGAGAAAUUGGUUGGGUAACUCUGUCUCCUUGAAAUAUGUUCAAAUGAUGAUACGACGCCGCAGAAAUUAAACGGCGUACUUCCUAAUAUUAUAUCGUCUAUAUCAAAUGUAAUCAUCUUGUAACUAGAAAAUGUUGGGGGGAAUCCCACUUUUUCUAGUGAUUUUUAAUAGAAGCAUUGAAAACAAA